AUGGUGUCCUACUACCCUUCCAUGGACGCCGUCCAGGGCCGCGCCAGAUACACAUCCCCGCCCAUGGCGACUGGCCUCGCGCCGCGGUACGGCAAGCCGACGCCGUACCAGGCCCGGCCGGAGCUGUACGGCGCCUUUUCCGUCGUCGACGACGCCAAGGACAAGGCGAAGCAGCUGAGCGCCGAGGCGCAAAAGGAGUUUGACAAGGCCGUGGUCAAGGCCAAGCCCGCCGCCGCGGGCAAGAUGGAGCUCUACUCGGGCUCGUACUAUGCCGCCUGCACCUUUGGCGGUCUGCUCGCCUGUGGCCUCACCCACGCCGCCGUCACGCCCCUCGACCUCGUCAAGACCCGCCGCCAGGUCGACGCCAAGCUCUACACGAGCAACGUCCAGGCGUGGAGCAAAAUCUUCCGCGCCGAGGGCGUCCGCGGCAUCUUCACCGGCUGGUCCCCGACGCUGCUCGGCUACUCGGCCCAGGGCGCCUUCAAGUACGGCUGGUACGAGUACUUCAAGAAGACCUACGCCGACCUCGCGGGGCCCGAGGCCGCCGCCAAGUACAAGACGGGCCUCUACCUCGCCGCGUCCGCGUCGGCCGAGUUCCUCGCCGACAUUGCGCUCUGCCCCUUUGAGGCCGUCAAGGUCCGCGCCCAGGGCACCAUCCCGAACCCGUACAAGGGCACCUUUGACGGCAUCAGCCAGAUCGUGGCCAAGGAGGGCACCGCCGGGCUGUACAAGGGCAUCUACCCGCUCUGGGGCCGCCAGAUCCCCUACACCAUGAUGAAGUUUGCCUCGUUCGAGACGAUUGUCGAGAUGAUGUACGCGCGCCUGCCCGGCUCCAAGGCCGACUACUCCAAGGCCGCGCAGACGGGCGUCUCCUUCUCCGCGGGCUACCUCGCGGGCAUCCUCUGCGCCAUUGUCUCGCACCCGGCCGACGUCAUGGUCAGCAAGCUCAACUCGAACCGCGGUCCGGGUGAGGCCGUCGGCAGCGCCGUCGGUCGCAUCUACAAGGACAUUGGCUUCGGCGGUCUCUGGAACGGCCUCCCGGUGCGCAUCGUCAUGAUUGGCACGCUGACGGGUCUGCAGUGGAUGAUCUAUGACUACUUCAAGAUCUUCAUGGGUUUCCCCACCACCGGAGGCGCUGCUCCCCCCGGCGAGGAGAAGAAAUUGUUGUCCGGAAUACUUCAACACGAGUUCCUUUGUUGCAACGCCAUGAUUACGAGCUUGUUCUGUGAUUUUGUAUUCAUUCUCGGAUUUGCAGCAAAAUGCUCGCCGGAAAGUGGUGAGGACGUAGACUGGACGAAGGCGAGCAUGCUUGAUACGGCGCUGCAGUAUCAUACUCGAUGCCUUCCUUAA